GUGUGAUUUGCCGAAAUCGGCCCACUAGAAAGUCAUUUAUUUACAUCACGUGAUAUAUCUCCGCAGCACGAUGAUGAACUGCGAUAAUCUUGUUUUGUAUAACAGUAACAAUACCAUGAGUGAUUAACGAUACAGUAAUUCCCUAUAACCAUGAGUGCGGUUCCAGCUCCUGGUGGGGCAAGCGGAGGAACGAACAGAGAACCUUCACAUCUAUCAUGUGAAAGGUGUCGGAGACGGAAGGUUAAAUGUGAUCGCACAAGGCCAUGUAAUCAAUGCAAGAAAGCAGGUGCAGAAUGCAUCAAUGCUGGUGGCGAAAAGAAACGUCCAAUAUCCCGACUCUACGUCGAGGCUCUGGAGGGCCAAAUCGCUUCUCUAGAGCUCUUUAUUAUGAACCUCACAGCUGCUAGCUCAUCGGAACGAGAUGUAAUGCUCGCAAAUUUCAAAGAGACGUCUAUGGAGCAUUUGCCACCCUUACCGGCACUUGCAAAGGAGAUCCCAUUGGCACCACCACUCCCAAAAGGUCGUCUUAUGCGACUGAAGGAAGGCAGCGCAGACCAAUUCUAUGGCGAGACAUCUUUCUUCCAAAUUAACCCCUCUGAGACAGACGAUGCCGAGGCGGCCUUUAGCAUCAUGACUGUCACGCCUCCAGUGCAAGUCAAGCCAGAAUCCCAAUCACCUGAAUCUCCAUUAGCUAUUUCGCCCGAAGGGAACAUUGUCGAGCACAGUUUUGGUACGCCGUGGACGCCAAUGUGCCAAAAGCUCAUGGGGGUCUUCUUCGACCAACAAUACUACUUCCACAUGUGUUUGUAUCGAGAGUACUUUUUGAGAGAUUACAAGGCAGGUGGAGGCCCGUACUACUCCAAUCUGCUAAUGUAUGCCAUUUGUGCUAUGGGCGCGCUGGCGAGCUCAGAUGAGACCGUGAGGGACUUAAGUGCAGUUUUCUCGAACCGCGCCCAAGAAUUACUAUAUGGCAGCGCCUUGGACAGCCCUGACCUAACCACGCUACAAGCGCUACUGCUCUUGGGACAUAGAGAUAUUGGAAGGGGAAAGAGCUCGAGAGGGUGGGUUUUUACUGGAAUGGCAUUUAGGCUGGCACAAGGCAUGGGUUUGCACUUGGAUCCCAGCCAUUGGAAUACUCCUCGGGAUACCGACGUCGAGCGAGAAAUCUCCAGAAGAGCCUACUGGGCCGCAUUUAUUGCUGACAAGCAACUAUCGCUAUACUUUGGCCGACCACCGGCCCUUUAUCCGUCUGAAUCUGACGUUCACAAGUCUAAUCGGCUCAUCUACCCUCCGGAUUGGGACUCUCUACUUGAUGACUACAUCAAAAAUAACACGACGCCUACGGAAUACGAAGACGAUUUGUCUUUUGUCGGUUCCUUUGUCCAGCAAGCUGAGCUGUGCAAGAUUGUGCAUCGCAUGAUUACUGAGGUCUUCCAGAACCACAACGCUAAAGCCGAUGCCAGUAUUCUCGCAGCCAGCGCAAAGGGCAUCCACGUCGCGCUCAGCAAGUGGCUGGCGGACUUGCCCGCACGCCUGCACUGGAACCAAUGGAGCCGAGGUCCCGUCGCAGCAUACAUUCUUAAUCUCCACAUGUUUUUCCAUACCGUAAUGAUUAUUCUCCACCGCCCUCCCCGUCACUCUUCUCUUGCCCAUCUUGCUACCGUCACCGAAGAUCUUGAUAUCUGCUCAUCGUCUCUGAACUCCAUUCUACAACUCAUGAAGGUCUACUCGAAGCAUUACUCCUACUCCGCGUUACCAGUCACAUUUAUCCACACGUGCGCAUCAGCCGCAUCAAUCGUGCUCCUAAAGCGCUUCCUUUCAGCAAGCCCUCAGGGAAUACCAAGGAACAAGAGAGAUAUCCAGGAAACAGGCACACAGUUGGAGCAAAUUAGCAAGGUGAUUGACUCGAUUACAGAGACAUGGGAUUCAGCGAAACAAAUUCAGAAGGCCGUAUCUUCGGCAAGAGAAACAAUCAGACUUGAAGAUGAGGCAACCGUGGGUGCAAUGGCUGAGCUGGGCGCCGGCGUAGAUGUUACUCAGGGUGCCUCGGGGCUUGGUUGGGAUGAGAGCAUGCGCUUUGAUUGGGAUGACCCGAGUCUCCAAAUGGGGCCAAUGUCCGUUGGGGGAGAAGGAGUCAAGUGGGAGGAGCUCAGCGGGGUUGGAAUGCCGGGAGAAUUCACCGAGAGGCUGGGGGAUUAUGUCCAGGACUAUGAGGCUCUUUUUGGUUUGCUUGGAGAUGGAGCACAACCAGAGAUCAACUUUGGCGAUGUAGAGGAGGGACUGAUUUAGCGAGCUAGUUGAAAUGAGU